GGUUAACGCAAUUGGUUCGCUCGAUUUCACGGGCUGAUUUUCUGCAUGCUGAUUGGACGGGCGGUCCUGCGACAGAACGCGAUGUUAAUAAUGUCAUCCUGUGGCCUGGCACUGAAUAAAACGAUGCUGCUCAUUUAGAUUAGAUUGGAGAAAGAGGGAGAUCAAAAGCGUCGGGUUUCUGAUCGUAUACGAUUAUUUUACAGUUAGAAACGUAGUACUCUGACUAAACAUUAACUGAAAAAAAAAAAUAAUGCGUGGAUUUAAAUUCUGCCUGUGGAUUUUAAUAUGAUCAUGCAGAAUUUUCUGGGAAAUAGAAGCUGAAAAGGAUUUUCCUCCGGACCGCUGCUGAAUCAGGAACCGACUAGCUUCAUAGGUAAAAUACAAGCAAUCAGUUUGAGGAUUUUUGGGUGAUAUUGGUGUGUUAGAUUACUGGUGUAACGGUGCUCAUCGGUUUGCAGAAGAAGCGAGAAUAACUGAAGUGGGAUGGACAAUGCCCAUACUAAGACGGUCGAGGAGGUGUUGGGGUACUUUGGAGUGAACGAGUCCACAGGUUUGAGCAGUGAGCAGUUGAGGAAGAAUCGUGAGCGAUGGGGUCCCAACGAAUUACCAGCAGAAGAAGGGAAGUCUCUGUGGGAAUUGGUGCUGGAGCAGUUUGAGGAUCUGCUCGUGCGGAUUCUGCUGCUGGCAGCCUGCAUUUCCUUUACUCUGGCCUGGUUUGAAGAAGGGGAGGGCACCAUCACUGCUUUCGUAGAGCCUUUUGUAAUCCUCCUCAUCCUUAUUGCUAACGCCAUCGUGGGGGUGUGGCAGGAACGCAAUGCAGAAAAUGCCAUUGAAGCCCUGAAAGAAUACGAGCCAGAAAUGGGGAAGGUAUACAGACAGGACAGGAAGAGCGUACAGAGAGUCCGAGCCAGAGACAUUGUGCCUGGUGACAUUGUGGAAGUGGCAGUGGGGGAUAAGGUUCCAGCAGACAUCAGACUGACCUCCAUUCGUUCCACCACUCUGAGAGUGGACCAGUCCAUUUUGACAGGGGAGUCUGUCUCGGUGCUCAAACACACCGACCCUGUCCCUGAUCCACGUGCUGUAAACCAGGACAAGAAAAACAUGCUCUUUUCUGGCACAAAUAUUGCAGCAGGGAGAGCAAUAGGUGUCGUAGUGGCCACCGGGGUGCAGACAGAAAUUGGCAAAAUCAGGGACGAGAUGGCAGCUACAGACCCAGAGAGGACUCCUUUACAGCAAAAAUUAGAUCAGUUCGGAGAACAACUCUCAAAGGUGAUCACAGUGAUCUGUGUGGCAGUAUGGGGCAUUAACAUCGGACACUUUAGUGAUCCUGUACAUGGCGGCAGCUGGCUGAGAGGAGCUGUGUAUUAUUUUAAGAUCGCCGUGGCUUUAGCCGUAGCUGCCAUCCCAGAGGGUCUUCCUGCUGUAAUCACCACUUGCCUGGCUUUGGGCACACGUCGGAUGGCAAGGAAGAACGCUAUUGUUCGCUCGCUGCCUUCUGUGGAGACUCUGGGCUGCACGUCAGUCAUCUGUUCUGACAAAACUGGCACUCUCACUACUAAUCAGAUGUCAGUAUGCAGGAUGUUUGUCGUGGAGAAGGUCACAGGCGAGAGAUGUGUUCUGAAUGAGUUUACAGUGACUGGAUCUACUUACGCACCUGAAGGAGAUGUAUAUAAGGAUGGUGUAGUGGUGCGCUGUAGUCAAUAUGAUGCCCUGGUGGAACUGGCUACAAUCUGUGCCCUGUGUAAUGAUUCCUCUCUGGACUACAAUGAGAGUAAAUGUGUGUACGAGAAGGUAGGGGAAGCUACAGAAACCGCUCUGUGCUGUCUGGUGGAGAAGAUGAAUGUGUUCGACACAGACCUGAGGAGUCUCACCCCAGUAGAGAGGGCUACAUCGUGCUGCUCGGUGAUAAAGCAGUUAAUGAGGAAAGAGAUAACACUGGAGUUUUCUCGAGACAGAAAGUCCAUGUCCGUCUUCUGCUCUCCAAACAAACUCACCCGCUCUGCCACAGGAGCCAAGAUGUUUGUUAAGGGGGCACCAGAGAGCGUUCUGGAGCGUUGCUGUUGGAUCCGGGUUGGCAGUGGGACAAGGGUACCUUUGACCUCUGACCUUAGGGAACAGCUCUUAGGCACAGUAAGAGAGUGGGGCUCAGGUCGUGACACCUUGCGCUGCCUUGCCAUGGCAACCAGAGACUCACCGCCUGACCCCCGAACCCUAAACCUGGAGAACUCAUCUGCUUUCUCUGAGUAUGAGUCGGAGCUGACAUUUGUGGGGUGUGUGGGGAUGUUGGAUCCCCCGAGGAAGGAGGUACUCAAUGCGGUUCGCAUGUGCAGGCAGGCUGGGAUACGCGUCAUUAUGAUUACUGGCGACAAUAAAGGCACAGCCCUGUCAAUUUGCCGACGUGUUGGGAUCAUUACAGAGCAGGAGGAAGAGGAGGCAGAGGGCGCACCCUUUGGUGGAGGGCUGACCGGACGAGAGUUUGAUGAAUUGCCACCCCACCUGCAGCGCCAAGCCUGCCACACUGCCCGCUGCUUUGCCCGUGUUGAGCCCACUCACAAGAGUCGCAUCGUAGAGUACCUACAGAGCCUAAGUGAUAUUACAGCUAUGACGGGUGAUGGAGUGAACGAUGCCCCUGCUCUGAAGAAGGCUGAGAUCGGUAUAGCCAUGGGCUCUGGGACAGCGGUGGCAAAAUCAGCGUCUGAGAUGAUCCUAGCUGAUGAUAACUUCUCCACCAUAGUAGCUGCAGUGGAAGAGGGUCGAGCCAUCUAUAACAACAUGAAGCAGUUUAUCCGCUACCUCAUUUCCUCUAACAUUGGAGAGGUGGUGUGUAUUUUUCUGACUGCUGCUCUGGGCAUGCCUGAGGCUCUCAUCCCGGUACAGUUGCUAUGGGUCAAUCUGGUGACAGACGGCUUUCCUGCCACUGCCCUCGGCUUCAAUCCCCCUGACCUGGAUAUCAUGUCGCGGCCACCGCGGUCUCCCAAAGAGCCCCUCAUCUCUGGCUGGCUUUUCUGCAGAUACCUCAUCAUUGGCUGUUAUGUCGGAGUAGCUACAGUGGGUGCUGCGGCUUGGUGGUUCAUGGCGGCCCACGAUGGACCGAAACUCUCUUUCUAUCAACUGUCUCACUAUCUGCAGUGCAGUGAGGGACAUUCUGACUUCGCAGGAGUUCAGUGCUCUGUGUUCGAGUCGCCGUAUCCUAUGACUAUGGCUUUGUCAGUUCUAGUCACCAUAGAGAUGUGCAAUGCCCUCAACAGCCUGUCUGAGAACCAGUCUCUGUUGAAGAUGCCUCCCUGGUCGAACCCCUGGCUUGUAGGCGCUAUCUGCCUCUCAAUGGCCCUGCAUUUCCUCAUCCUGUAUGUGGAUCCACUUCCUAUGAUUUUCCAGAUCCGGCCGCUGUCCUGGCCGCAGUGGGUUACCGUACUGAAGAUGUCCCUGCCGGUUAUCCUGAUGGAUGAAGCAUUGAAAUUCUUAGCUAGAAAUUACAUUGAGCCAGGGAGUGACCUAGAGCGCGAAGAAGACGAGAGACAGCACCAUGACCAAGGUGUCAGCAGCGGAUUCGCAGGCCUGACUGGCAAAAUACGACGAGGUCUAAAGGGUGUUUCAUGGGUGUUUGUGUUCAUCUCCGCUCCCCUUUUGUUUUGGAUCUACAGCCUGGACUCAGAUAUUACAAACAUCUUCUGGGAAUAGAGACAGGGAGUGACAUCUGAAAAGAAGGAUUUUUACUAUUUAAGUUAAGAUUAAAUAAAGGGGGCGUUAAAAACAGAAGACCAAAAAAGAAAUAAAAUAAAUACCUAAGCAAAAAAGGGAAAUGAAAAAGAAUUUUGGCCAUGGACAAUCAGAAUUAGCAGGAAGAUAAGAACAAAGAGUAAAACAAGAAAGGAAGGCAACUGUCAUAUUUAGUCCAGUCUCAUUUUGUGUU